AUGACCUCCUAUCAAAGGGGACGGUCCCCUGCCACCACCUAUACCAAUGACCUAUAUAACCGAAUCCGAUCUCGUUCGCUUGAAAUUGAUAAGCCGCGCCGGAGCAAACUCCGCCGUGUUGUGUCGACGAGAGCCUUCAGUCAAUAUAUCGAUUCCUCGGAAUCGAUCCCCAGUGAGCACAGUUCGCUCUACGAUGCAGCCCUGGCCAGUUUCGAAUCAGACGAUAAUAGAAAACAGGUUGAUCCGGACUACUUCUCAGGGCAAGCUAGCCCUUCAACCCAUGCAACAUCCAAUGCUGAAGGGGAGGACGUGGGUAUAAUUAAUCCUGGUCUGACGUACUCUCGCGGCAAAUGGUCUGGCAAGAGGCUGGAGACUAUAGUUGAGCAGAGAAGUGUUUCUACCCUCAAUGCUUCGUUGCCACCCUAUAGUAACUGUGUUGAUGGGUCUGGUAAUAUCUUGUUGAUCGCACAAACUUCUACGUCGAACACCCAAGUCAGGAGGAACGCCUAUGGUCACAAGGUUUACUCCUUUGAUGAUCUUGACAUCCCACCACCUCGUCCUAGUUAUGCCGAUCCUCGUCUUCCUAGCCGAUCAUCUUCAUCUGGAGCAAGUUUCCAGCUGCGAUGUUCCCUCCAUUCAACUUCCCCUGUUGAGCCCACACAGCCGAUAUACCCUCCUCCUGUUCGAUCUCCCACUCCCCCUGGACUUCCAUCUUUUGGCUCCCGAGAAGCAAUUCACUACAAUCCCAACCAGGCCCGCCGCGGUCGCUCUUCGAACCAUCAAAAUCCAGUGUCGCGCGGAGGUACGCAGCGCUCUUCAGUAGCAGCAGAUGAGGAGUAUGAUGAUGCUUCAUGUUGUGCCUGCGGUUUAAAGCGUCUCUUCGGUUUGCCAUCUUGCAUGGGCCCUAGCUUUCCUACCCUCCCUGCAGGUGUUGUUGCAAGGGCUGACGAUGGCACCUUGGUUCGUGGUCGGUUUGGUGCCAGGCAAAGUGGACAUGGAGUUGGAGCUGGGCCACAUGCAAGGGGGCUAGAGGGCCACCCGUUCCAUAGGAUCUCCCUGCCCCCUGCAAGAGCAAAAGACGCUGCUGACCCUAGCGCAAUCCUACCGGAUACAAGACCGCAAUGCGAGCAUAGAGGUCGUAAUUUAGCCUCCCAGCCUCGCUACGCGGCUCCCCAAAGCAUGCCGCGAUCAUAUAAAUCCCUACUCCGAUCGCAUAACGCACCACACCCGGUACCGCAGCGACCCUCCUGUUCUAUGAACGGGAAUUGCCCCACAGCUGCCACUACAUCCGUCCCCAUCCCGUCAUAUAUUGCUCAUCGAAGGCUAGAGCCUCCCCUGCCACGUUCCCCGGAAAUGGUACAUGGUUCUCAAAGUACCAACGUCCUGCACAUACCUGGUCCCGUUGGCGGGGGGAAUGACGGGACUUCGUCCACAUCAAUCCCGAACCUACCCAAUCAAUCGUUAGCACCCAGCCGGUUUCGCCAGAGGCCAAGGUUAUCAAGACAAGCCGCAAUGGUAGUUGACAACAAGACCCCUGGUUUGUGGGAAUGGCUGUUUAUGGAUUGCUUCUUUGUCUGCUGCGGAUUAUUCGGUGGCAACGAGCCUUCACAGAAGCGAGAUCAGCCUUCUCGGCAAGGCCGCAUUAUUGGUUUGGACGGUGAAAGCUCUGCGGUACCACCUGUUGGCCACAUGGCACCAGCGGCGGUCGCUAGUGGACGUGGAGAGAGGUCGCCUUCCUCCCCGUGGAGCCCUGCUUGGGGGUGGCAGCCGCAAUGUUUUGGGGGAGACGGCCCUAUGGAUGAAUAA